AUGAAGACCGAAGAGGAGAAUGAGAUGGCGUCGGGAAGUGAUGUUGUGUUCAGUCCUCCACUUUAUAUACAACGCUAUCAAUUGGUUUUCGAUGUGUUGACACAAAAGUGUCAAAAUAUCCACAAAAUCGCUGAUUUUGGAUGCGCUGAAGGAAAGCUGUUUCGACGACUCAAGCGAAUGACAAAUGUUGAAGAAAUUGCUUUAAUUGAUUGCGACGACUACUCACUGGAGAUGUGUGUCCACGAGAGUCGUCCCCUUCCCUAUGACUUUCUCUUUGCCGAACGAGACGUACCGUUAAAAGUAAACGUCUAUAAGGGAAGUGUCGCUCAAAAUGACAGUCGACUCGAGAACUUUGAUGCCAUCACUUGCAUUGAACUUAUAGAGCACUUAACGGCCGAUGUUUUGCAAGCAUUUCCCGAUAAUAUAUUCGGUUAUAUUCGGCCAAAAGUGGUGAUCAUAACGACUCCAAACAUUGAAUACAAUGUAUUGUUUCCGCAGCUGAAGAACACGUCACAACUAAGACAUUAUGACCACAAGUUUGAGUGGACGAGACACGAGUUCGACAAUUGGUGUCAAAGUAUUGUAAAAAAUUAUCCGGAAUAUAGUUAUGAGAAGACAGGUGUCGGUGAACCACCCGAACAGUACAGUGAUGUCGGCUUUUGCACACAAAUAGCUAUAUUUCGCAGACAUUCAGACACUGAUUCCACUGACGAUAUUACAGACAAAUGUCUGAAUUAUAAAAUCGUUGAUACCUUUGAUUAUCCAAAGAACACACGAAUCCACAAAGAGAUGGAAUUUGUUGAUUGGCCUUCAGUUCCUAUACUUCACAUACAUAGGGGUCGUUUUGGGGACAAAACCGAAUCGUUUGGCGUGAAAUGGAUUAACGGGGAGUUGAGUACUUUAGAUGGUCUUAACGGUGUUCCUCUGAGUGAAGUGUUGUUGGAUGUGAUGCUCCGGUUAGGAGAGGCCACACAAAACGAGGUCAACGAACGCGGAGUUCCCGAAGUGUACAUCGAUUUAUUG